UCUCCGUCGCGAAGUCGAGUACGUCUCUCCACUAUCUUUUGAAUAUUGUGAUAAAUGACGGUCACGUAAUGGUGCUCACAGCUGAUAGUAACGCUAUAGCCUCAGGGUGCAAGGGGCGGACACGGAAAACCUUGAACUAGGGUAGGGAGGUAUGUGAGUAAGAGCAUUAGAGCUUACAUUGCACGCAAAUACACAGCGAGUUCAAUGAACUGCUGAGAACAUGAGCGCGGAGAACAGAUGCUGAAACAACUGCGAAACAUGAGUGUGGAAAUACUAAAACUGCACUGUCCAAGCCUCAAUGAUAUUAGCAAAGUUCUAAAGAAAAGACUAAUUGGAAACUUUGCAACUGUGGAGGUCAAUGUGACAGAUUGUCCCAACCUGACAGCACCACCUUUCCACCUUGCUGCUGCAGGACUUUGUGGUUCAACCAGGAUAGUGGAUGUCGGUGGACCACCAUACCUUCUACCUCUGCCCCAACUUGACAAGGUCUACAACAUCGCAGACAUUGCAAAGCGGGUAAAUUUGCCGUCAGCAUUCAUUAUCGGUGCAGGCGCUGGACCCUACAAUCUUGUUGGUGUAAACUCUGAGCUAAUCCCAAACCUGAAGUUGGACCCUGGCUGCCCAACUGGUUGCUCAGCCAUGCAGAGUUACAUCAGCAAAGUCGACCUAGGAGAUGGUAGCUGCAUCCAGGAAACUAUCAACUCCACUGAUUUCAGCAUCCUGGGAAACUUUUUCUUUUCUGAGGGAGCUCAGGGGAAGGUUCUAGAAGUGAAAGCAAAAGAGAGGAUAGGCGAGGAGAACCUUAUUUCUUGCAUCAGGAAGGCAUUGUCGGAAGAAUACGGAGACCAGCCUGUAGGAAUAGGUGGAGCUUUUCUAAUUGAGAGAGGAAAAGCCAAGAUUCAUAUAAUGUCCGACUUUUCUAAGGAGCCUUUAGAAAAUGACGAAGCCGUAGACGAGUGGCUAAAGUUUUACGAAAUGUCUGCGCCUCUCGUGUGCCUGACUGGAGAAUGUGUAUCAGCUGACCCUGGUAUGGACCUACGAGUGGAGCACACGCACUGCUUCAGUCAACACGGGGAAGGAGGCCACUACCACUAUGACACUACACCAGAGGAAGUUGCCUAUCAUGGGUUCUUUAACGUUGCGGAGUGCCUCUAUCGAGUUGACAGGCCUGGUGAGACACAUGACCUUGGACGGGUCUGAGUGUGUGCUGGUGUUUCUCUCACAGCAAAAGACUGUUUGGAAUACAAGGACAUGAACUUUUUUUUUAUCUAUAGUGCACGAGUUUUUAAGAUAUUCAUUGUUAUAGAUUAUUUAUGAUACAAAUAUAUGCAAAUUGAGA